CUUCCGGUUCCCCUGCACAGUUUGAAUCGGUCCCCGGUAGCGAGGCGGGCGGCAGCGGGAGGCAGAGCCGAGAGGUAAAAUGAAGAAAUGUUUAUGAUGGAUCAUGAUGCUCCUACAAUCAAACCUCGAAGAAUUCAGAACCAAAAUGUAAUUCACAGGCUUGAACGACGAAAAAUAAGUUCUGGUAAGCCUGGCUCCCACUGGCAUCAAGUGCGUAUUUUUCAUCAGAAUGUCUUUCCGAACUACACUGUAGUCAAUGUGGAAAAGCCUCCUUGUUUCCUUCGCAAAUUUUCCCCUGAUGGCAGAUAUUUUAUUGCAUUUUCGUCUGACCAGACUUCAUUGGAAAUCUAUGAAUAUCAAGGCUGCCAAGCUGCUGAAGAUCUGCUGCAUGGAUAUGAUGGAGAAAUACUGGCUAACUCCAAUGAUCAGAGGUCCAUAAAUAUUCGUGGGAGGCUCUUUGAGCGUUUUUUUGUACUUCUUCAUAUCACCAAUGUAGCUUCCAAUGGAGAGCACUUAAAUCGUGAGUGUAGCUUAUUUACGGACGACUGUCGCUAUGUCAUUGUUGGGUCGGCAGCCUAUCUUCCAGAGGAGCCAUAUCCACCUUUUUAUGAAAUAUACAGGAAUAGUGAAUCAGUAACCCCCAACCCAAGAUCUCCGUUGGAAGAUUAUUCUUUACAUAUAAUAGAUCUUCAUACAGGGAAGCUGUGUGACUCACGAACUUUCAAAUGUGAUAAAAUAAUCUUGUCUCAUAAUCAAGGCCUUUACUUGUACAAAAAUAUUCUGGCAAUACUUUCUGUACAGCAGCAGACAAUUCAUGUUUUUCAGGUGACCCCAGAAGGAACAUUCAUUGAUGUACGGACAAUUGGUCGGUUUUGCUACGAAGAUGAUCUGUUAAUAUUGUCAGCUGUUUACCCAGAAGUACAACGUGAAACUCAAACUGGAAUGGCAAAUUUAUACAAAGAGCCAUUUAUAAACUCAUUAAAGCACAGGUUGCUUGUAUACUUAUGGAGAAGGGCAGAGCGGGAUGGUAGUGCAAUGGCCAAGAGAAGAUUUUUCCAGUACUUUGACCAGCUGAGGCAGCUUCGUAUGUGGAAGAUGCAAUUAUUGGAUGAAAACCACUUAUUUAUAAAGUAUACAAGCGAAGAUGUGGUUACUCUUCGAGUCAACGAUCCAUCACAGGUACAGCCCUCUUUUUUUGUGGUUUACAACAUGGUCACUACAGAAGUCAUUGCUGUUUUUGAGAACACAUCGAAUGAGCUGCUAGAAUUAUUUGAAAACUUCUGUGACCUAUUUCGAAAUGCUACUCUUCACAGUGAGGCUGUGCAGUUUCCCUGCUCUGCUUCCAGCAACAACUUUGCCAGGCAGAUUCAGCGCCGGUUUAAAGACACUAUUGUGAAUGCAAAGUAUGGUGGCCAUACAGAAGCAGUGAGGCGGCUGCUCAGCCAGCUUCCCAUUAGUGCCCAGUCUUAUAGCGGAAGCCCUUACCUUGACCUCUCUCUCUUCAGCUACGAUGACAAGUGGGUCUCGGUAAUGGAGAGGCCAAAAACAUGUGGAGAUCAUCCAAUCAGGUUUUAUGCUAGAGAUUCCGGUCUUCUCAAGUUUAAAAUCCAGGCUGGACUUCUGGGAAGACCAGUCAACCACACAGUGCGCAGGCUUGUGGCUUUUACAUUCCACCCAUUUGAACCAUUUGCUAUAUCUGUACAGCGGACUAACGCAGAGUAUGUGGUCAACUUCCACAUGAGACACGGCUGUAUAUAAGAGGAGUACCUAAACAUUGCCAUGCUGCCUUACGUCACACUCGUCUGUUGUGAAGACCAAAGUAAAAUGUUCCUUGUCCUUGUUAGUGAUGAAUUCUGUUUUUGUUUUUUUGUAUUUUUUCUUAAAGCUGCAUUGAUGGAUAAUCCCACUAUUUAAAUGAAUUGACUGCUAAAUUAUAAAGCAUUUGCAAAGUGCAUUUUGUGACUUUUACAAAUAUCUAUAUAUAUGUAAAAUUUUGUUUUGUACUAUUUCACCAGUCAAAACAGAAGCUAAUGUUCUGCUUUAUGACUUUACAAAACCAUAUUUUAUUUAGGUUGCUUAAUAUGUGGAACAUUUUGUUCCUUUUUUCCUCCUAUGUUUCCCUGUAGCCAGGUUAUGCAGGGUCAGUUCUGUUUCAAAUCUUUUGCAUUACUUUAAAUAUUGCUUAACUUCUCCAUGCUGCAGUGCCAGAAACCAUGUAUUGAUAUUGCAUUUUAAUAAGACCCCUGUUAUCUUGAGCAAGGUUCUGGAAUCUUGAGCACCUGUGGGCUUUCCAGGAGUUUCAAAUACUUGCUUCUAGAGCCCACAUGGCUCUGCAGGAAUGCAGAAUAUUUGGAGGUUUUUGUGUAAAAUGCAGCAAUACAUUUUUAACAGUCCUAAUGUAUUAAACUUUCUCAGAUACAAUACGAUUAUCUUUAAAUUGGACUAUUGAACCAAGUUUGCUUCUUUCCAUAAACCUCACAAAAUUAAAGAAGCAAUCCAGACAUAAUAACCAAUACAGCCCAUCGCAGGAGUACCAUGUCUUAUGGUAACUAGUCUUUUCUAAUAGGUUCUAUGGGCACCUCCAUUACACCCUCCAUUUGUAAGAUAUCUAUUGCAGAGGAGAAGUUCAGCUUUAGAAAUAUCCAUAACAUCCAUAUUUGAACAAAAUAAAAUGAAUUUCAGUGAAUUCUGCCAAACAGAGAGAAUUGAUGUCACUAAAUAAAGCUAGAGUAGAGGUGACUAGGGGUUCAGGUGGGUGUCACACUGUUAGAAAACUGAUUUACCAUGGAACAAUGUCCGGCCACCUCUGACACCAUAACUACUACAGUGGGCUGUAGUAGAUAAGGAGCCUAGUCUGCCUUUAAUAAUGUGAAGCGUUUCUAUAUUAUUGAAUUGUUAGUUUUGAAACAAACUGUAUUUUAACAACAAUAAAACCUUGACCUUUUGAAUACGAUUUUUAUGCAGAUAUGCAAUGUCUCAUCGCUAAGUAAAAAUAGUACUACUAAUAAAAUUUUAGUACAAGUAAUUUUUUAUUUAAUUUUUUAUCCGCUCAAAUGAUGCAAAUUUGCAUGAACAAGAUCCACUGCCCUAAUUCCCCUGUGUUGUUGUGCCAUAGAGGUAUUUUAGAUAUCUUCCAUAUAAUGUCAACAUUAUGCCUCUAUGGCUUAUUCAGAA